GAACAAGUUCGAUUUAACGGCUUUGGAAUUUUUCUCUUCAUUAUUUAUCCUGGAGCAUUUGUUGAUCUGUUCACCACCCAUUUGCAACUUAUAUCACCAGUCCAGCAGCUAAGGAUAUUUUGUGCAGCCAUCUCCCACCUGCUUGCUACCCAGCACCGCUACGUGGGUCUCAGCCAUGGCCUCAGAGAAACUUCUCUGUGUCACCACAGAAAAUGCAGAGAUUCCUUCCGACCUUGUGGAGCUGCAGCCACUCAAUGUAGAAGCGGUUUCUGUGGAAACCAAUGCAGUUCAAACCAUCGAAGUGUACCAAGACGCAGGUGUCGAUUGGGCACAUGGUGGCCACUACCACUCUCCUCUUAUCGCUCUGCAGCCCCUUGCUGCCAGCACCCUGAGUAAUGGGGCCCAUGAUCAGGAAAUGAUCAUCGUGCAGACACGAGAGGAGGUGGUGGGCUACCAGGACUCAGACAACCUGCUAAUCAGUGCUGAAUUUGAAAGCCAAAUGGUUGUUCCAGCUGUUAAUCAAGGUGACUAUCUCCAGCCGACGACUGCCUCUUUGUCGGGCUUCGUGGCAUCAGCGCAUGGUCAAGGUGAGCUCAACCCCUGUGAAGGGAAUCUCUGUGGUUUGACGACCGUGAUCGAGGCUGGUAAAGAAGUCGCGAGCCCUGACCUGGUCGACAAACAGUGGGAGCAGAAGCAGGGAGAAAUUGAAGCUCUGGAAGGAGAAUUACCCUUUGCUAUGUGGGAGGUUACUGAACAAGAAGAUCUCAUGGCUGAAAAGCAGGCUGGCGACUCGCCUCCUGAUUAUUCCGAGUAUAUGACAGGAAAGAAAUUUCCUCCUGAAGGAAUACCUGGCAUUGACCUGUCCGAUCCCAAACAACUGGCAGAAUUUACAAGCAUGAAACCCAGAAAGCCUAAAGGAGACUUUCCAAGACCUAUAGCUUGCUCUCAUAUAGGCUGCGGGAAGAUGUUCAAGGAUAACUCUGCUAUGAGAAAGCAUUUGCAUAUCCAUGGGCCUAGAGUGCACGUCUGUGCGGAAUGUGGCAAAUCUUUUGUUGAGAGUUCGAAGCUGAAACGUCAUCAGUUGGUUCACACUGGAGAGAAGCCCUACCAGUGUACCUUUGAAGGUUGUGGGAGACGGUUUUCCCUGGAUUUCAAUCUGCGCACUCACGUGCGAAUUCAUACCGGUGACAAGCCCUUUGUGUGCCCAUUUGAUGCCUGCAACAGGAAGUUCGCUCAGUCGACCAACUUGAAAUCGCAUAUCGUAACACAUAUUAAGAGCAAGAAUGACCACUAAAAAGAAGUGAGAAGAUCCUGGGAACUAUUUUACACUAAUGUGCCUGGGGAUAAAUAUGCCUCAUUUGAAGUUUCUACGAAAGUUCUUGCAAAUGAAUUCUAUAUAUCUGAGGUUUAUCUUUUGAUAGAGUAAGAGUUAAAAGUUUAUGUUGGUAAAAUGCCCUAUUUUGUGCUUCAGUGGUAUUUUGUGAAGUUUGGUUUCAACAGGAUAGACUAAUUUACUAACUUCACAUUGUUGCUGAGAUGCCACAUGUUUUGUACUGAUAUUUCUCAAAGCUUGGUUUCAACAAAAGACUAACUUACAAACCUUAUAUUGUAGCUAAAGAUGGCCUGUGUUAUUUUACCCUGUGGUUUUGAGAAGUUUGGUUUCAACAGGAGACUAAGUCAUGAACCUUAUAUUGCUAAAAUAUUCUGUCUUCUGCAGUGGUCUUUUUAUGAAACUGGCUUCAACAAGAGACUUUCACAAACUAGAUAUGCUGAAAUGACCUACUUUAUUCUGCUGUGUUUUUAUGAAACUUGCUUUCAAAAGGAGACUAACUCAUGCACCACAUUGUUUCUAAAGAUGUCCUGUGUUAUUUUGCUCUGAAGUAUUUUGAGAAGCUUGAUUUCAACAGGAAACUAAAUCACAAACCUCAUUGUUGCUAAGAUGCUCUGUGUUUUCGGGGUGACUUUUUGUGGUUUGGUUUCAACAGGAGACUGUUAUAAACCUCAUAUUGCUAAGUGUUGAAGUUUGUUUUCAACAAGAGACGAUUUCACGAACUUCGUAUGCUAAAAUGACCUGUUUUAUUCUGCAGUGGUGUUUUUAUGAAACUUGCUUUCAACAGGAGACUACCUCAUAUUGAUAAGGUGUCCUGUAUUCUAAAGUAGUGUUAUUGUAAAGUUGGUUUUGACAGGAGAAUAAUUCAUGAACCUCACAACAUAGUGUUGCCAAUAUGCCCUGUUUUGUUCUGCAGUGGCAUUUUUGUGAAGUUUAGUUUCAACAGGAGACUAAUUCACAAGCCCCAUAUUUGAGAUAAGAUGCCCUGUCUUAUUUUGCAAUGAUGUUUCUGUGAUCUUUGGUUUUGGAAGGAAAAUAACUCUCGAAAUUCAUGUCAAAUUAUAUUUGUUUAUACAGCUUAAAAAUGGGACUUUUGCAUUCUUGGGAGCCUACUUACUACUUUUUUGUUAAUUAUGUGUUCAUGUUUAUACUUUUAGGAAUAUGCUUAGUAUUUGUAUAUAUGGUUUCUGUGGAGUUGAUGUAUGUAAAAGGAAGUCUUUAAAGCAUGGGUAGUUUUAUACAUACAUAUUAUCCUGCUAAAGAAAAAUUCUAGGUUUGCUGUCUUAAUUUUGGCAGCAUUCCUUAAUGUCAAGACAUUUUGUGAAAAUUUCUUAGCCAUAUUAUGCAGUAUAGAAUAUUAGGUGAUUAACAUAUUAGCCAAUUUAAGCAUCUUUUAGUCGCUAUAUACCCUCCCCUCAUACUACCUAAGAUGCUGUUGUUGAAUGUAAUUUCUUUGAUCAAAUAAGAGUAGUGUUUGAUUUUAUAGUAUUUUAUCUUCAAAUUGAUUGCAUGUUUGAUGUGUAUUUUUGUGUGAUAGAGAAAGCAAAAAUAAAGUAACUGUUUGAAGAACUAAAAA